UUCACCAGGGCACCAAAGUAACACACUGUUGGCAGCUCUUUUCGGUCGUUUUGCUGUUUGAUUUUUGCAAGACAUGUGUUCAUCUUGAAGAAGCCUUUGAAGUCGGCCCUUUUCCCCUCAUACACAGGCUAAAAUGCUGCCGGACGCCUACGGCUGCGUUGUGGCGAACAGGUUCGGUGAUCUUCUGGAUGACGAGGCGGACCCGUUCGACUUGAUCAACGAAGUGGAAACGGAAAAGGAGAAGAAUAAGAAGAAGAAGGAAGACUGUGCGAAGAAAGGCAAGCAGAAAAAACCUGGCCAGAAGGAAUCCCAGAAGGACAGACGCCUCCCCGUUGCGUCGGAUGGUCAAGUGCCGGUUCCAGUUCAUAAGCAGCAGCAGGCUCGUCCUGGACCAGUGACCGAGAGUGGAGAUGGCAGAGAAGAGCCCCAGAGGGGCCAAAAGAGGGCUGCCUUUGGGGAGCGUAGAGCCAACCAAGGGGAGUACCCCCAGGAGUUUUCCAUCUCUAAGCCUUCCUAUAAUGCAGACUCCAACUACAGGGGUGGAGGGGGGAGCAGAGGUAGGAGAGGAGGAAGAAGAGGUGGUGGUGGAGGAGGAUACACAAUGAAUUCGGACAACUUCAACCUGAGGGGCAAGAGAGAGUAUGAUCGCCACAAUGGAACAGGCAUCUCUCCUGAGGAAAAGAGGGGAGGCAGAGGACCCUGGAACUGGGGCAGUGUUGAAGAAGCUGCAAGUGAAUUAAUGGAAAGUGCAUCUGAUGCUCCAGUCAAAUCUGAGGAACCCCAAAUACCGGUGGAGGAAGACACUCAGAAUCGAGCAACAGAGGAGGAUGGAGAGAUGGUGGUCCAGGUUGCCAUGGAGAUGACCCUGGACGAGUGGAAGGCCAUGCAAGAGAUGAGUCGACCCAAGGCAGAGUUUAAUAUCCGCAAAGCAGAGAACAAGAUUCCCUCCAAAGCAAAGGUCAUCCACCAGUCAAAGCACCUGGAGAACCUCAAAGAGUCUGUGGAGGACAUGGAGGAUGAUGGCCACUUCCUUCGUAGGUCUGUGAAUGACAUCACCUCCCUUCUGGACAUCAACUUCGGGAGUCUUGGACGCCCCAGUCGUGGGGGUCGGGGAAGGGGAGCACGAGGUGGUCCGGCAAGUCGCCCAGAGAGAACCAAACCCAUAGUGGAGAGGGAGGAUGAGCUGGCUCCUAACCCAGAUGACCCAGAAGACUUCCCAGCACUAUCAGCAGGAAGAUAACUGAAUUUACUACUUUGUUUACUUCCUGUGGGGAAUAUUGGUUGCACUUGACACUUGCUAAAUAAUAAAAAAUUAAAAAAAAAAUGUUUCUGCUGUAAA